UCUCAUUUCUACUGCAACUAGGGUUUUUCUCUCUCUUCAGCUCACACCUCUCAAUCCGAAGGUCGCAGUAGUAGAGGGAGGUUAAAGCGACAGCUCCGUUCGCUGUCCGCCUUGACAAAGCUCUCAGCUUCUUGUCUUGGCCCUCGGUUUUGCUUAGGGUUUUCCUUUGUUCUGUUCAUAUAGGCACUGUAUUUUUUUAUAAAUAGUUCAGUAGAUUCGAGCAUCAAUGGCGGUGAAAACAUCCAAGGCUGAUAAGAAGAUCGCUUACGAUCACAAACUGUGCCAACUUCUCGAGGAGUACUCUCAGAUCUUGAUCGUGGCGGCCGAUAAUGUCGGAUCGAACCAGUUGCAGAACAUUCGCAAAGGUCUGCGUGGCGAUUCGGUGGUUUUGAUGGGUAAGAACACUAUGAUGAAGAGGUCUAUCAGGAUUCAUACCGAGAAGACUGGCAACACAGCUUUCCUCAAUCUCAUCCCCCUCCUCCAGGGAAAUGUGGGUUUGAUUUUCACCAAGGGUGAUUUGAAGGAAGUCAGCGAAGAGGUCGCCAAGUACAAGGUUGGAGCUCCUGCUCGUGUUGGUUUGGUAGCUCCUUGUGAUGUCGUUGUCCCUCCUGGAAACACUGGACUAGACCCUUCCCAGACAUCUUUCUUCCAGGUGCUCAAUAUUCCAACCAAAAUUAACAAGGGUACUGUUGAGAUUAUUACCCCUGUGGAGCUUAUCAAGAAGGGUGACAAAGUGGGGUCUUCUGAGGCUGCCCUCCUUGCAAAACUUGGCAUUCGCCCCUUCUCUUAUGGUCUUAUUGUCUUGUCUGUUUAUGACAACGGAUCAGUCUUCAGCCCAGAGGUUCUUGAUAUGACCGAAGAUGAUCUCAUGGAGAAGUUUGCUGCUGGAAUUUCCAUGGUCACUACAUUGUCACUGGCUGUUUCUUACCCAACUCUUGCAGCUGCACCCCACAUGUUCAUCAAUGCCUACAAAAAUGUUUUGGCUGUUGCAGUUGCAACUGAAUAUUCCUUCCCCCAGGCAGACAAAGUUAAGGAGUACCUCGAGGAUCCGACCAAGUUUGCUGUUGCUGUGGCUCCUGUUGCAGCUGCUGCUGAUUCUGGUUCUGCUCCUGCUGCUGCUGUGGAAGAGAAGGAAGAACCAGCGGAGGAGUCUGAUGAUGACAUGGGUUUCAGUCUGUUCGAUUAAUUUAGCAAGUUUGUUAUGGUGUGGUGUUUUCAAACUUAUCCGUCUGUUUGCUUUCUUAUCUUUUGUUGAAUUGGAGUAACGUAGGAAUUGUUGUUUUGAAUGGAUUGUAACUUAGUCAAGUUUUAAUAUUUAGACCAUGAUCUUCUUUGUUUUUUCUUUUAUCUUGUUCCUUAAUUGUUCGUUCGAUAAAUCUGUGUGCCAUUCAUGUCUUUGUAUUUAUGGAUAAGCCCUGGCUGUGAAGCUCUAUUAUAUUUCUGUUUCUUU